CGUGCACAUGGAAAAGUAUCACGUAAGCACACAAAGACACUAGUAGAAAACACCUGACGAACGACUCUGAAUCUGAAGCCAUGUGUAUAGCUGCAUGGGUUUGGCAAGCUCACCCACAGCACCAGCUCCUCCUGCUGCUCAACCGGGAUGAGUUCCAUAGCAGGCCAACCAAGGCAGUAGGAUGGUGGGGGGAGGGCUCGAAGAAGAUUCUUGGUGGUAGAGAUGUUCUUGGUGGAGGGACAUGGAUGGGUUGCACAAAGGAUGGCAGGCUCGCCUUCCUCACCAAUGUGCUCGAGCCGGACGCCAUGCCGGGGGCGCGCACAAGGGGAGAUCUCCCCCUCAGGUUCCUGCAGAGCAACAAGAGCCCACUUGAAGUUGCAACUGAGGUGGCAAAAGAAGCUGACGAGUACAACGGCUUCAACCUUGUACUGGCUGAUCUGACCACAAACGUCAUGGUUUAUGUGUCAAAUCGGCCAAAGGGGCAGCCUGCAACGAUCCAACUUGUCUCACCAGGGCUCCAUGUGUUGUCCAAUGCAAGGCUAGACAGCCCUUGGCAGAAGGCGAUUCGCCUCGGUAAGAACUUCAGGGAGCAUCUUAGGAAGCAUGGUGAUGAUGAGGUUGAAGCCAAGGACAUAGUUGAGAGGCUAAUGACUGACACCACAAAGGCUGACAAAGAUAGGCUGCCAAACACUGGCUGUGAUCCAAACUGGGAGCACGGCCUGAGCUCCAUUUUCAUUGAGGUGCAGACUGACCAGGGACUCUACGGGACACGGAGCACGGCCGUUCUAUCAGUGAACUACGACGGUGAAGCUAGCUUGUACGAGAAAUACCUGGAGAGUGGUAUAUGGAAGGAUCACACGGUGCAUUACCAGAUAGAGUAGGCGGUAAUAUACUAAUAUGGGAGCCUCCAAUAAGAAAAGGAUGACGAAAUUAAUAGCUACAAUUGUGCAUGUAGUUAUCUUCUUCACCCGGUAUAUUGAAGAUGAAGAAAUGUACAAUGAUUCUCUAAUUACGCCGAUUAAAUUAUAUAUACUGUAUGCAGAUUGCUUAUUCAUCACAUGGAAGAUGAUAAAGUUGUCACUGAUGUGUUGAAUAUAUACAUUUUAUCCUAUACAUAUUUACAGAACUUGUGCUGGAACCAUUGUUGUAUUUCAGCCAUGUCUGCUUUA